AAUUGAAAGUCAUUUGGAAUACCGGAAGAUGUUACGGUCGAUGAAACUUCAAGACCUCAACGCUCACAUCAUGUGUGUUCUGUGUGGCGGAUAUUUGGUGGACGCUACCACAAUAGUCGAGUGUUUACAUUCGUUUUGUCGUAGCUGUAUUGUGAAGUAUCUUCAAACAUCUUAUCACUGUCCUGUUUGUGAUGUUGAAGUACACAAAACUAAACCUCUGCUGCAUAUUAGACCUGACCGAACUCUUCAAGACAUUGUCUUCAAACUUGUACCAGGCCUCUACCAGGGUAUGCUUUGUGUUGAAUUUUAGUGACGUAUUUCCGGAAAAAGAAAGUUGGCAAUUUUUAGUUACGUAUUUCCGAUAUGUCGACUAAAAGUAUUUGUCUCUGGUCAGAGUUAGCGGGCUGCAUAAAGUUUGACAGAAUACAAAGUAAAACUGAAAGAAUAGAAAGACAAUUUGAGAGACUGGAACAGGCUAAGUAAUAAGGGCUCCAGACUAGUGGCCUUCGCGCGUGUGCCUUGUGGGUGGAACGCGCGUGGCCUCCACGAGCGAGGCAUAAGUUAAGUGAACUCGUUCGGUGGCCAACUACAUGAAAACGUAUCCAGCAGUUUAGUUUUUGAAGUAGUAUUUCAGUUCACAAUUGUUGAAAUACAUUCGAACCUCUCGUUAGCGACAACCCAAAAUGUCACUCCUCGCUUACGGGAGGUGGUCGCUUACGAGAGCUUAGACCAGAUUGGGUCAAAAUAUUGCCUCAUUAGCAUAUGGCACUGCGGGGAAGAGACUUCCCCUAUGCGUCAAUACCCAUCUAAACCCAGGAAAUAACUGUCAUUAUUCUCCAACUGCAGCGAAUACCGUUCAAAUAACAGUACAAAAUACAGCGAUAUAGUACAGUUAUUUCUACAGUAGAAAACCUGUUUGCCGGACAGGUCAGCGCGCGUACGCAAAACUGUCACAC